GAGUCUCGUUUAGGGCAAACUGAGACGAAGGAGGGAGAGAAAUGGAGGCUAUGAAGCGCGCGGCGAUGCUCGGCGUGUGCGUGGGAGGGAUUUGGGGCGCCUAUGUCACGCAGGGCGUGCUGCAAGAGACUCUCUCCACAAAACGCUUCGGCCCCGAUAAGCAGAGGUUCCAGCACCUUGCAUUCUUAAAUUUCGCGCAGAGCGUGGUUUGCUUCCUGUGGUCAUUCAUAAUGCUUGUCCUCGUUUCACCGAAGAGAACCUCUCAAGCUCCACUAUGGGCUUACUGGAGUGCCAGCAUUACGAAUUCCAUUGGUCCCGCUUGUGGAAUCCAGGCUUUGAAAUACAUCAGCUAUCCUGCCCAGGUUCUGGCGAAAUCGUCGAAGAUGAUUCCAGUGAUGCUCAUGGGGACAAUUUUGUACGGUGUCCGCUAUACAAUUCCUGAGUACCUUUGCACCUUUCUCGUCGCUGGAGGUGUUUCCAUUUUUGCAUUAUUCAAGGGUAGUGUAAAAGCCAGUAAAGUAGCGAGUCCGAAUGCUCCUCUUGGAUACGGGCUAUGCCUGUUAAAUCUGGCGUUUGAUGGUUUCACAAAUGCAACUCAAGACUCUAUUACGAUGAGGUAUCCGAAAACAAGCGCUUGGCAUAUAAUGAUGGGAAUGAACUUCUGGGGUUCCAUUUACAUGGGUCUCUACAUGUUUGGAUGGACGAGCGGGGGAUUCGAAGCUCUGAGCUUUUGCAAGCAGCACCCGGAGGCUACGUGGGACAUUUUCUUCUUUUGCCUCUGCGGAGCCGUCGGCCAGAACUUCAUCUUCCUUACCAUCAGCUGGUUCGGAACGCUGGCUCUCACGACAAUCACAACAACGAGGAAGUUCGUAAGCAUUCUCGUGUCGUCGCUGUGGAGGGGCAACCCGCUGACGCUGGAGCAGUGGAUCGGCGUGUCGAUGGUCUUUGCUGGGCUUUCGUACCAAAUUCUCCUCAAGUGGAGGAGGCAGACGAAGAAGCGGCCGCUAAGAAAGAAGGCCGUGUGAUUGACCCCCUCUCGAAGACAGUUAAUGUACACCGAGUAGAAGAGGGGAGGGUGGCUUUUAAGUCCUGGCAUUCAAUGGCCAGCCAUUCCUUUCUCUCUUUGCUUUGCAGAGGAGCUGGAAGAGGCAAUGGAUUGGAAGCACAACUUCCCUGUCCUCUGCGAGCAAAGUCUAUAUACUUUUUAAAACAUUGUUUUAUUUUUUGCACACUUUUUCUUCUUCUUUCCUAAAGUUUGAUCUUUGAAGGUUUUGUUUUUAACAGUUUUUCCGAUUUGCAGUUCCCAGCUGGGACACAGGCUGGCUGUCCGCACACGGGAAGAGAAAGGAUGGCACGCGGUGAAAAACAAGAGUCUCGGAACUGCGUACAUACUUUGCGAUUGUGGCGCCUUCCAGACAAAGCGACAGGCUCCUACAGUGUAAGAAGUAAGAAUGUCCACCAGGGAGAAUGACAACCGAGGAGCUAAAGGAAAAAAAAAAAAAAAACUCGGCCGAUGAAUUAACGCGGCCGAAAGAAAAGGAGGGACCGACCAAAUGCCGAGUUUUUCCAUCUCCGAUACAGUUUCGAGUAUGGACAGCCAACGAGACAGGCAGGCCAAUCAAUGUCACAUAGGUGAUCCCUUUUCAUUCAUUCUUUUUUGUAUUUCGUCGCUUCUCUCAUCUUCAGGUGAUCACACAUACCUGUAUCAGCCCCUGGUGGCUGGUUUCAUUCCAUACAGGAUUCCACAAUCCAGCGAUAAAUUAUCAGCGAGUUUUUCCUUAAGUAGAUACGCUUUUCUUUGCUACGUUCUUAAGACAAUACGCUUUUCCUUGCCAAGUUUGCACGCUGCUAAUCGACUUCUCUGUUCGUUAGCUUGGA